GAGGAGAGAGGAGAGAGGGAGAGAAAGGAUGCAAUUUCCUCUUUCCCCUCUGAGGGUGGAGCUGCUCCAGAAUUCAGGAAAGCGGUCUGUUCUGUUAGCUCUGCUGUGUGUGUGUGUGUGUGUGUGUGUGUGUGUGUGUGUUGGCAUGCAUGGGGGGCGGGCACGGUGUCCCAGGAGGACAGAGUUUGCAUUGAUGAAAACCCUUCCCAGCCCUUUGAUACCUCUUUCCCGCCGUCCUGAAGUUAACCAGCUCAGUCCUCGGUGCAUCCCGCUCGCUGGCCACACUCACUCGGCCCAGGAUGGCAUUCGGUCUGACCCUGCGCAUGGCGCUACUGCUCCUCUUCGGGGUCCUAGCCCCCGCGGUGCUCACAGCCGAGGGCCCUCAGGAGCCCGUGCCCACCCUGUGGAACGAGCCGGCCGACCUGCCCUCCGGAGAAGGCCCCGUGGAGGGCACCAGCCCUGCCCUGGAGCCCGCAGCCACCGGCGCCCCGGCCCCCACCGCCCCGCCCAGCCCCGAGGACAGCACCGCGCGGGAGCACCUGGACCCCAGCGGUGGCGGCUCGCUGGGGCCCGGCGCCAUCGCCGCCAUCGUCAUCGCCGCGCUGCUGGCCACCUGCGUGGUGCUGGCGCUCGUGGUCGUGGCGCUGAGGAAGUUUUCCGCCUCCUGAAGCGAAUAAAGGGGCCGCGGUCCUGCGGGCGCGCCCGUGUCCUC